AUGACUCACUGUAAUCUGACCAUCACGGAGGAGGUGCAGGUGUUCCAGAUUGUGACGGCCAUCCCCACGUUCGUCCUCGGUGUCCUGGUCAACGCUGCAGUACUGGUGCUCUUCUGCCGGCAGUGGCGGAACUGCAGCGACAUGAUGGUGUACCUGACCAACAUGGCACUGGCCGACAGCUGCGUCCUGGUCUCGCUGCCCUUCAGGAUGUACUCAUACCUCAACCUCUGGCCCUUCUCCGUCAGCUCCUGCCUGGCUUUUGUCUCGACCUACUUCGUCAACAUGUACGUCAGCAUCUUCACCACUGUGGCCAUCAGCGUUGUCCGCUACGUGGCCGUGAAGUACCCCUUCAGGGCGCGGGCGGUUAUGUCCCCCUGGAAGGCGCUGGUGGUGUGUGUGGGCAUCUGGGUGGUCAUCGGCUCCCUGAGCGCCACGUUCCACUCAGUAGACGCUCCGCCAGCGAACUCGUCCGGUUUCAGAUGCUUCCAGAAGAACUCGGACCGGCCGUUGCCCCUCUCCUUCAUCCUGACGCUGGUGUUGGUGGGCUACGUGGUGCUGUUCGUCAUCAUCGCAUACUGCUCGGUGACGGUGAUCCGCACCCUCGCCAGGAGGAUGGACCGCGGUGGUGCACGGAAGAGCCAGUCAGUGCGCAUCAUCAUCGCUAGCCUCGCCAUCUUCAUCGUCUGCUUCUCGCCGCUCCACUUCGGCUACCUGCUCAAGUUCCUGAGCGAGACCUACUCACACAACUGCGGUCUGCAGCAGGCUCCCCACUCGUUUGUCCACGUGGCCAACAGCCUGGUCAACACCAUGAUCUGA